CAGGCGGCGGGGGCGGUCCCCAAGGCCCCUCUCACCGCCUCUGCUUUCUCCCGGAGGUGCUGGACGCGGCCGCGUCUGUGAGACGGCUGGAGCAGAACUACGGAGCAAAAGUAGGCGUCCCUAUUUGCCGCCACAUUUGCCAUCAGCUUGGAAAAGUUGAGCCUGAAGCUUCCUGCUUGGGUGAAGCAGAGAGAUACGUGUUGCUCACGGAGUAACAGACAUGGGCUUCCUACUGACUUUCCAUCUCUCCUACAAAGUCCGGUUACUCUUGCUUUUCCUCUUAUGCCUGACAGUGGUUGGGUGGGCCACCAGUAACUACUUUGUGGGUGCUAUUCAAGACAUUCCUAAAGCAAAGGACUUCGUGGCUAAUUUCAACAAGGUCCUAGUUUGGGGGAAGGAAGAAACUCUGACUAAGGGAGAUUCCGUGAAGGAAGCAGACCUGGACGACUGCCCUUCUGUGUCUCCGUACCUCAGGGGCCAGAACAAGCUCGUUUUCAAACCAGAUCUCACUCUGGAAGAAGUGGCGGCAAAAAAUCCCCAAGUGCACAGAGGCCGGUAUCACCCUGAGGAAUGUAAGGCUUUACAGCGGGUCGCCAUCCUCAUUCCUCACCGGAACAGAGAGAAACACCUGCUGUAUCUGCUAGAACACCUUCACCCCUUCUUGCAGAGGCAGCAGCUGGACUAUGGCAUCUACAUCAUCCACCAGGCUGGAAGUAAAAAGUUUAAUCGAGCCAAACUCUUGAAUGUGGGCUAUCUAGAAGCUCUCAAGGAUGAAAAUUGGGACUGCUUUAUAUUCCACGAUGUGGACCUGGUGCCUGAGAACGACUUGAACCUCUAUAAGUGCGAGGAGCAGCCCAAGCACCUGGUAGUUGGCAGGAACAGCACUGGGUACAGGUUACGUUACAGUGGAUAUUUUGGGGGUGUCACUGCCCUCAGCAGAGAGCAAUUUUUCAAGGUGAAUGGAUUCUCUAACAACUACUGGGGAUGGGGAGGCGAAGACGAUGACCUCAGACUCAGGGUUGAGCUUCAGAGAAUGAAAAUAAUCCGGCCAAUGCCUGAAGUGGGUAAAUAUACAAUGAUCUUCCACACUAGAGACAGAGGCAAUGAGGUGAAUAUAGAACGGAUGAAGCUCUUACAUCAGGUAUCACGAGUCUGGAGAACAGAUGGGUUGACUAGUUGUAUUUACAAAUUACUCUCUGUGGAUUAUAAUCCUUUGUAUACCAACAUCACAGUGGAUUUCUGGUCUGGUGCGUGACCCUGGAUCUUUUAUUGACGUUUGGAAGAACUGAAUAUUUUAUUGCAAUAAUUUUGGACUAGAGCCUUUCCCUAGUAGCACACGUUAAGAACUGGUCGCAGCUAAUUACUGAGCUGAAUUUUUCGUUUUUGUAUUUUCUUAGCAGAGCUCCGAGUAGUACGGACUGUAAAACAGUUGUAAGACGACAGCUUUCUUGGUUGGUUUGCUCCUGGGGGUUAUUCAGGACUGUAAUACACAUACUUGAAGGGCUGAGUCUGAAAGGACUGCUCAAGGGAUGACAUGAAGGCUACUUGAAAACUUGGACUGAAGGAGAUUUAAGUUGGAAGUGAUCCGUGUUGGGAUCGGAAAAGCCCACAGGAAAUAGGGUUGCUGAAUGUUCCAGAGAACUGGAAUUGUUCUCAUCCAAUGUAGAAAGGUACGAAGAAGUCUGUCUGUUUACUCAUUUAUCCUGCAUGGUCAUCUGAGAAGAGGUGGGUCCCAGGUGAGCAGAAGGCCACAGAAGAGAGGAGAAAGGGGAAGAAUCAAGAUGCAGUGAUCUUGGGCACAGAUGGCUGGUGGGAGGCCAGCGCUGUGGCGGGCGUCUCCUGCCCCAUACGCGCCCCGGGAACAGCCCAGCAGGACACGUUCAUCUACGAGUUUUUAAAGUAUUUUUGUAAAAUGAUUUUGUACAUGCAGGAUAUGAAUUAGCAGUUUACAGAUUACCUAUUAACUAGUUAUAGAUCGAAAGUACCUCUGUAGUAAAAUAUGCAAAAAGC